ACCCCUGUACCUGCUGUCAGGUGAGCAGAGCUGCUCAUGCUGUAAAUCCAAAGGCUUCAAAGUUCACACACACACACUUCUUCUUCUAUGGUAACAUUUGGUUCAGACUGUGUGUUUCUUCUUAUUCCAACACGUCUUUGGAUCUCUCACUCUGUCUGAGAUUCUACAGCAGUAAAGAGGACGAGUUAAGCCAAUCAGGAUGGAGGGCGAGGAGGACGGGGCGGGGCGAGUCAGAGAGCUGCAGGAGCAGAGGAUGACGGUCCAGAAGAAAACCUUCACCAAGUGGAUGAACAGCGUCUUCACCAAGAACGGGGACAACGUGGAGCUGACUGACGUUUACACGGAGUUGAAGACCGGAGUCGCCCUCAUUCGUCUGCUGGAGCUCAUCUCCAGAGAGACACUGCCUCCGCCCAGCCGCCGCAAGCUGAGAGUCCACUGCCUGGAGAACAACAGCAUCGCCAUCAGCUUCCUCAAAACCAAGAUUCGAGUGGAGCUGAUUGGUCCAGAGAACGUGGUGGAUGGGGACCGCAUGCUGAUCCUGGGUUUGCUGUGGAUCAUCAUCCUCAGGUUCCAGAUUGGACCCAUCAGCCUAGACGAGGCGGGAGGAGGAGGCAGUGUAGCUCAUCGCUCAGCUAAGGAGGCUCUACUGAUCUGGUGUCAGAGGAAAACUUCUGGUUAUGACGGCGUCAACGUGAACGACUUCUCUUCAAGCUGGAGGAACGGACUGGCGUUCAACGCCCUGAUCCACGCACACAGGCCUGACCUCUUUGACUACAGUCGUCUCCAUGCUGAGGACCCCCUCAGUAACCUGCAGCAUGCCUUCUCUGUGGCGGAGCGUCAGUUUGGGAUCAUGCAGCUGCUGGAGGUGGAGGACAUGGUGGUCAAACAUCCAGACGAGAAGUCCAUCAUGACCUACGUGUCUCUGUACUACCACUACUUCUCCAUGAUGAAGCAGGGCCAGACCAUCCAGAAGAGACUCACCAAGAUCGUCGGGAUGCUGAUGGAGCUGGAUGACAUGAAGGUCCAGUACGAGAGGCUGGUCUCAGAUCUGCUUCAGUGGAUCAAGACCAAGGUUCUGCAGCUGAACGACAGACGAUUCCCAAACUCAGUGAGGGAGAUGCAGAAGCUCCUGAUGUGGUUCAAGACCUACAGGACGGUGGAGAAACCUCCCAAAUAUCAGGUGAGACUCACCUUCUCGUACUCAGCCUUCAGCUCAGAUCUCUUCUUCAGUGUCUACACUCCUUUUUGUUGUUCAAAAAUAUUUCAAGAGGAGAACAUUAGCCAUCGAUGGAAGGACCUACUGCAGCAGCUCCAAGAGCAGAGGGGGCUGCUGGGAAACGUAGUUGAAAACCUCAGCAUCCUCCGAGCCAUCGAGCUCGUCUCCCAGGAGUUGAAAGAACUACAGUCCCAGGCCAGUUCCUCUGAACUGGGUAAACAGCUGGCGGAGGCGGAGUCUCUCCUUCAGAAACAAGACCUCCUGGAAGCUCAGAUCUCAGCUCACGGAGAAACCAUCACGACGAUGAAGAUGAAGCAGACUGACGUUCCUCACAUUCAGAGCAGAGUGAGAGCUCUGGACUCUCAGUACAGAUCUCUGGUUUCUCUCAGCAGCAGCAGGAGGAGACAGCUGGAGGCUCAGUUGAGGCUGUUUGAGUUCUUCUCUGACUGUGAGGAGGUUGAGUUCUGGCUCUAUGAACGCUGGCUGAGGCUCCAGACCGCCGGACUAGGACGAGACCUGAACCACAUCCAGCUGAGUCAACACAAACACAAGGCGUUGGAGGCAGAGCUCCAGGCCCAGGAGACCCUGUACCGGGGGGUUCUGGGUCGCGGUCAGGACCUGCUGUCCAAACAGAGUCCGCCGGACCAGCGAGCCGUCCAGAAGUGGAUCCGAACCCUGAAGAAGCAGUGGAGCCGCCUGACCGACGAGGCGACGGGACGCCGCGACAGACUGCAGGCCGCCGCCGCCAUCAAGCAGUACUUUGCGGAUGUGGCGGAGGCCGACUCCUGGCUGGGCGACAGGAAACCGCUGCUGACCAGCGAGGAUCAUGGGAAGGACGAGUCGAGCACGGCGGCGUUGCUGCAGCGCCACCUGCGGGUGGAGAGGGAGAUGGCGGCCUACGCCUCGGAGAUCAAGAGACUGACGGAGCAGGCGAGGAGCGCCGCCCAGCUAACGACUCUGACUACGGAGCCUCAGCAGAGUAAGAUGAUCCAAUGCAGCGACUCUUCCGGAGACGAGGAGGCGCCAGGAGCGGUGACAUCACCGCCAUCUAGCGCCAGGGGAGGGAGGGGCUCCGGGAGUGAUGACAGCAAGGCCAAGGUCCGCUUCAGAUACAGCAGAGGUCAGUUUCCGUGGGAUCGUAACGAGAUCGUAACCGUUGUCGGCACCGAGCCGGACGGAGACCGAGUUCUGGCCAGAGACGCCAGAGGAAACCAGCAGCUCGUCCCCAAAACCUACCUGAGUCUCCUGCCAGCCACCGCUCCUCCCACCUCCUCGGCCAAUGGCGUGCCAGAGAGCCCGAGCAGGAAGUCGAGUCGUCCGAGGCGCAGCCGCUCGAUGCGUCGCGGCACGGCCGAGAUCCAGACAACAUGGCUGCCGGACCCACAGUACCAGAGAGACACGGUGGAGAGCACGCAGGCCGGGCUGGACCGGGACUACAACUCCCUGUUCCUCCUGGUCACGACGAAGACGAGGAGUCUGCAGGAGACGCUGCGUCUGCAUCGGUUCUACAACGGCUGUCAGGAGUUUGAGUCAUGGAUGGAGGACAAGGAGAACGUCCUGAACUCCUUCAGCACCGACGCAGACAACCUGGGAGCCGUUCAGGCUAAAUACGAGAACUUCCUGACUGAUUUGGCGAGUGGGCGUGGCCAGUUGGAAGACAUCAUCCGAAUGGCGGAGGAGCUGGUGAAGAGCCGACACAGCAAACAGAGAGAGAUCCUGGACGGACAGAGGAGAGUUUCCAACAGGUGGGAUCGGAUCCAGCGGCUGAAGGAGGAGAAGGGCCACGAGCUGCUGAGCACGGCAGAUGUUCAGUCCUUCCUGCUGAGCUGCCGGGAGGCCAAAGCUCAGCUGCAGGGUCAGCUGUCUGGCCUCAACGUCGUAGACGCGGGCUGCAGCUCCUUCACCCUGAUGGCCGAGGACAAGAACCAGACCCAGACCCUCAGAGAUAUCCAGACACUGGAGGCCAAGAUCGCCUACCUGAAGAGCGUCGCCAAGAUGAAGCAGGACUGCAGUCCAGCAGAGAGUGCAGUCAUCGUGGAGGAGGUCCGGGGUCUGGAGGCUCUGCUGGAUCAGCUGAAGCGUCAGGCUGCAGACAGACAGUGCCUCCUGGAGGAGGCCCGCGGCCUGCAGAGCUUCCAGCGGCGGUCCAAGGAGCUGCAGCACUGGACCGGCUCGGUGCAGGAGCGCCUCCUGGAGGAGGAGACGGCCACCGACGUGGCCUCGGCCGUCGCCCUGCUGGAGCAACACCGGGAGCUCCGGCUGGAGAUGGAGGAGCAGAGGAGCAGGUGUGAGGAGGUGGAGACGUUGGGGAAAUCUCUUCAGCAGGGCUCGUCCAACGGGAAGACGGGAGGCGUCGACAUCCAGCAAACCCUGGACAAACUCAAAGCCGAUUGGUCCAAGCUCGACGAGCUUUGGGCCAGUAGGAAGGAGCGUUUGGAGCAGGGGGCGGAGCUCCAGAGGCUGAACCAGGAGGGAGACCGUAUCGAGGCGGCGCUGUCGGGACACGAAGCCCGUCUGAGGGUCAAAGACGUCGGGGACUCGGUGGACAGCGUCCACAGUCUUCUGGGCCGACAGGACGAGCUGGAGGGUCUCCUGAAGGCUCUGGACCAACGGGUGGAUCGGUUCACCGAACGCAGCCGGGAGCUCAUUGACCAACGACACUACGCUGCCAAACGCAUCAAGGAGAGGAGCAGCAGCGUCCAGGAGGCCAACAGGAAGCUGAAGGAGAGCAGCGAGAGGAGGAGGAGUCUGCUGCUGGACUCCAAGAAAUAUCAGGAGUUCCAGAGAGACGCAGACGAGCUGCUGCUGUGGAUGGAGGAGAAGUUUAAGGUGGCGGAGGACGAGUCGUACCGCGACCCCACCAACGUCCUCCCCAAGCUGAAGAGGCACGAGGCGGCCGAGAAGGAGAUGCAGGCCAACCAGGUCUGGCUGGACCGACUGAUUCAGCUCGGGCAGGAGAUGCUGGCUGAAGAGCACUACAGCAGUCAGAGCAUCGGCAGGAAGUCCACUCAGGUCAGCAGCCGGUGGAGGAGACUCCAGGACAAGAUGGCCGACAGAGGAGACAAACUGAGACAGGCGGGGCAGCAGGAGCAGCUGAUGGAGCUGCUGCAGGAUGCCAAGCUGAAGAUCGAGGCCAUCCAGUGGAUGCUGAACAACGCUGCCAAAGGUCACGACCUCCGCUCCAGCCGACAGCUUCUGAAGGAGCAUCAGCAGCUGGAGCAGGAGGCCAAGGAGCUGGCGGAGAAGAUCAACUCCAUCGUCAGCCGGGCCAAACGCCUCGCCUCCAAUCACUUCGACUCCCAGAGGAUCCUCCGUGAGACCGACACCUACCUCACUCUGUUCAAGUCUCUCCAGAAGCCUCUGGACCGCCGUCGAGCUCAGCUGGAGGUGUCGGUGCUGCUGUUUGGGUUUCAUCACGACGUGGACCUGGAGCUCAGCUGGAUCUCUGAACGGGUUCCUGCCUCUGGAUCCACAGGAUACGACAAGUCUCUGGCUGGAGCCAUCAGCCUCAUGCAGAAACACAAGGAGCUGCAGGCGGAAGUGAACGCCCACCGAAAACACCUGAACCACAUCCUGGAAAAGGGGCGGGGCCUAGCCAAAUCCAGCAAAUCGGACAAAGAACUGCUCCAGAGGUGCAAACACCUGAGUGCAGAGUGGGAGGAGCUAGAGGAGGCCUGCAACAGGAGAGCAGCUCACCUGAGCAAGGCCAUCACCAGAGAACAGCUACUGUUGGACUGCUCUGAGCUGGAGUCCAGGCUGACGGAGACCCUCACUCUGGUGAACACCGACGACUACGGCAAAGACCAGCUGGCCACUCAGAGUCUCCUCACCAAACACCAGGUGUUGGAGGGCCAGCUGGAGGUUCUGGAGGUGGAGGUGGAGGAGUUGGGAGACCAGGUGGAGCAGGCGGUUCACAACUGGAGCCUGGAGGAGCUCAGCAGGCCUCACGGUCGCCUCAGCAGCCUGAACCAGCAGCUGCAGCACCAGGCUGCUCUCAGGGGUCAGAGGUUGAAGGAAGUCCUCCAUCUCCACGAGUUCAGAAGAGAGUCCUCAGAGUUCGAGGACUGGAUGGACCAGCAGAGACAGACGGCAGAGUCUCAGGACCUGGGCAACGACUACCAACAUGUGCAGAUACUUCGGGGGAAGUUUGAAAGUUUCCUGAAGCAGCUUGAGGUUGGAGAGGAGAGACUUCAGAGCUGCAGAGAUCUUUCUGCUGGACUGAUCCUCAACAAGCACCCUCAGAGCUCUGAGGUCAGAGACACGCUGCAGCAGCUCAGUGCAUGCUGGGAGGAUUUGAGGAGCGUGGCCAGGGAGCGUCAGGAUCGGCUGCAGAGAGCCGAGGGGUGUCACCGCUUCUAUAGAGACCUGAGCGAUGCUCUGACCCUCAUCCAGGAGCGACAGAAGAGCAUCCCCGAUGACGUGGCGAAGGAUUUGAGAGGAGUGAUGUCACAGCUGAGGAAGCAUGAAGCGUUGCUCCACGAGCUGGCUGCUACGGAGCAACAGUUGCAGGAGCAACUGGACACCGUGGACUCUAUCCUGGACCUCUGCACGCCUCAGUUGAAGCUCCGCCUGCAGGAAGUGCAGCAGGAAGUGGUGGAACGGUGGGAGGAGCUCCGACUCCACGCUGAGAGAAGGGAGGAGGAGCUAAAAUUGGCGUGUCAGAGAUAUCUGUUCCUCAACACGGCGCAGGACUACUUGCUGUGGUGCAGUCAGCUGAUCGGUGCGAUGGCUGCCGAGGAGAGCAUCAGCGACGUGGCGACCGCCGACCUCCAGUUGGCGCAGCACCAGCAGCUGUGGGCUGAGAUGGAGGCCAGACAGGAGACCUACCAGCAGGCUGUGGACAUGGGGGAGGAGCUUCAGAGGCAGGACGCCAACAGGAAGGAGGUGUUGGAGAAGCUGGAGGCCCUGCAGGAGGAGCGGGACAAACUGGAGGACCAGUGGAACCAGAAGCAGAGCUGGUUAGAAAGCAUCCACCUGGAGCAGGUCUUCUACAGAGACGUCAACAGCGUGGACAAAACCUCCGGCUCUCAGGAGAUCCUGUUGCAGAACGGCACUCUGGGAAACGCGGUGGAUGAGACGGAGGGUUUGAUCAAACGCCAUGAAGCUUUUGAGAAGCUGCUCGGCUCGCAGGAGGACAAGCUGUCCUCUCUGAAGGAUCUGGCCGAGCGGCUGAAGAAACAGCUGAGCAGAGAGAAGAGUGGGCGGGUCCAGACCAGACUCAGAGCCCUUCUCCAGCGACGUGACAGCAUCAAGGAGCUGUCAAUCAAACGCAGGGAGGAGCUGGAGCUCUCCAGGAUGCUGGGCAUCUUCAGCCGGGACGUCGCCGAGGCUGAGGAGUGGGUGUCUGAGCGGAUGCAGAAGAUGGCGGAGGACGGGAAAGCCGACCUCAGCAAUCUUCAGGCCAAGAUGAAGCUGCUGCAGAAACAUCAGGCGUUCGAGGCGGAGAUCCUGGCUCACGGGGAAAUCAUCGCCUCGGUGCUGCAGGCCGGUGAGGAGCUGGUCUCCCUGAGACACCAGAGGUCCAAGGAGGUGAAGAGAAGCGCGGCCGCCCUGCAGCUCCACUGGGAACAGCUGAAGAAGGCCAUGGCCACCCGAGGGAAAGCUCUAGAAGACAACAGGGACUUCCUGGAGUUCCUGCAGAAGGUUGAGGACGUGGAGGCCUGGAUCCGCCACAAGGAGGUGAUGGUUAAUGUCGGAGAUGUUGGGAAGGAUUAUGAACACGGAGUUCAGCUGCUGAAGAAACUCGCCGAGUUCAGAGGAACCGGAGACGGGGACGUGACGGUGGACGACGCUCACAUCACGGCCAUCGACAGACUGGCGGCUCGACUUGAGACGAGACGGAGCGCCGACGAGCUGGUGACGGUCCGCCGGAGGAGACAGCAGCUCAACGACAGGUGGAGCAAGUUUCACGGAGAUCUGAGCGACUACAAGAGGAAGCUGGAGGCGGCGCUGGUGGUCCACGGCCUCAUCAGAGAGCUGGAGGAGGUCCGAGACCGAGCCAACGAGAAGAUGCUGCUGCUGCAGGGUCAGGACUGUGGUUUCGACGUGGACAGCGUGGAGAACCUGAUCAGACGCCACGAGGAGACUGAGCGAGAGGCCGGGGUCAUCCAGGAGAGGUCAAAGGUCCUGCAGAAGGAGGUCUCAGACCACCUGAAGGCUCCGUCAGUGAUGAACGACAAGCUGAAGAACAAACAGAAGGAGGUCCAGAAAGCUCUGAGGACUCUAGAGAAGGAGGUGAAACUCAGGAAGGAGAAGCUGCAGGAGGCGCACCAGCUGCAGCUGUUUAAAGCCAACCAGCGCCUCCUGCUGGAGUGGAGCGUCAAACAGAGCAGCGAGAUGGCAGAGAAAGGCCUCCCCAAGACCAGGACCGAGGCAGACCGGCUCCUCGUGGAGCAUCAGGACUGGAAGACGGAGAUCGACGCCCGAGCUGAGCGCAUCGACUCAGUCCGUGUCUUCGGUCUUGGUCUGAUCCGGUCGGGUCACGCUUCUAAGGCUGAGAUCCAGAAGAACCUGAACCAGCUGGAGGAGGCCCAGUCCGGACUGGACCGAGCCUGGCUGAACCGCACCAGAACCCUGGAGCAGGCCCGGACCCUGCAGGUCUUCCUGGUCUCUGUAGAACAAACUGAGACCUGGUUCACCAACAAAGAGGCUUUCCUCUCCAACCAGGACCUGGGGAGCUCAGUGAUGGAGGUGGAGACUCUGCAGAGGAAGCAGGCUCAGUUUGAGGAGUCUCUGGAGUCUCAGGUGGAGCAGGUGGACCAGGUGGAGGACCUGGUCCAGAAGAUGAUCCACCAGAACCACUACGACUCUCUGAACAUCAGAGCCAAGAGCAGUGCGCUCAGUGUCAGGAGGAGCCAGCUACAGCAGCAGAGUAGAUCUCGUCACAAAGCUCUGGAAGGAUCACUGAAGCUGCAGCAGUUCUUGUCCAGCAGCUACCAGGUGUGUGUGUGGUUGAAUGAGCGUAACGCUGUGUCUCUGGAUGAGAACUGGAGGGAACCGACCAACCUGCAGGCAAAGCUGCUGAAACAUCAAAGCUUUGAGGCCGAGAUCCUCGCCAACCGCUACAGAGUGGACGCACUCACCAAGGAAGCGGAGAAGCUGCUGUCUGAGUGUCGAUCAGCUGACGUGAAGGUUAAACUUCGUCUCAGAGAGCUGACGGACAGCUGGGAUGCUCUGAUCCACAACUGUAAGGAGAAAAAGACCAGACUGCAGGAGGCCUACCAGGCGCUGCAGUUCCAGCGUUCGUUGGACGACAUGGAGCAGAGCGUCGGCUCCGUGGAGAGAGAACUGACCAAUGAGGACUGUGGGAGCGACCUGCCGUCCGUCAACAGGCUGCUGAAGGCCCUGCAGAGUCUGGAGGAGGAGGUGGACGGACACAGAGACAGAAUCCAGGUUCUGGUGGAAACAGCAAAGAGCUUCAGCUCUCAGGGAAACUUCCUGGCUGAGGAGAUCCAGAUCAGAGUGGCUCACACCAUCAACAGGUACAACAGUCUGGCGGAGCCCCUGCAGAGUCGGAGGGAAACCCUGGAGGCCUGGCAGGUUCUGUUCCAGUUCUCCAGAGACCUGGAGGAGGAGGUGUCCUGGCUGAGCGACAGACUGCCCUCCAUCACAGCUGGAGAAUGGGGGAGCUCGCUGAGCAGCACCCAGCAGCUGCUCCACAGACACCAGGCUGUGAUGCAGGAGAUCUCAAGCCGCGCCCCAUUGGUCAAGGCCGUUCAGGAGGCGGGGCAUAGCCUGGUCAGAGGUCGUCACUUUGCAUCUCACGACAUCCGGGAGCGUCUGGAGGAGCUCAAGAGGCUCCACGAGGAGCUGCUGAUGGAGGCGGAGAGGAAGGGGAAACUCCUGCAGGAGGCGCUCAAAAUCCACAGCUUCCUGUCCGAGGUCUCUGAGCUGCAGCUGUGGUUGGAGGAGCAGCGGGCCGGUCUGGAGUCUCGGGACUGCGGGAGGAGCGAGGAGGCAACGGAGGCCCUGCUGAGGAGGCUGGACUCUGUGGACGUGGAGCUGGAGAACCAGAGGAAGACGGUGGAGAGGCUGCAGGAGAGAGGAGCCUCGCUGCAGCACCUGGGACAUCCCAACAGCCACCUGGUCAGCGAAUCUCUCCCAGGCGUCCCCGAAUGCUUCGAUACUCUUCUCCGAGUCUCCGUCGCUCGCCGCGCCGCUCUGGAAGACCAGCGCCGCCUCUACGUGUUUGAGAGGGAAGCCAAAGAACUACAAACAUGGCUGACCUCCAAGAAGACCCUGGCAGAUUCCAAGGACUGCGGGCAAGAUCUGGAGGACGUAGACGUCCUUCAGAAGAAGCUGGAGGUUCUGGUGUCGGAGGUGACCGGUCUGGGUCGGAGCCGUCUGACCUCGGUGCAGCAGCUGGGCCGAGGUCUGCAGCAGGACGGCGAGGCCCGUAGGAGGGACGACACCCUCAGUGGGCUGUGGGACAACCUCAAUGGCAGCAUCAGGACCAGAGAACAGAACCUGCAGCAGGCGAGGGAGGUCCAUCAGUUUAACCACGAUGUGGACGAGCUGAAGGGCUGGAUGGCUGAGAAGGAGGCCGUGCUGGACUCUGAGGACCAGAACCAGGACCAGGACCUGCACUCCAUCCAGACUCUGCUGAGGCAACACGAGGCGCUGGAGAGGGACCUGGUCCUGGUCUCUGAGGAGACCACCAGGAGCCGCGAGGAGGGCCGGGCUCUGAGCCGACGGCGGUCUGAGACCAGAGCCGCGGUGACCCGGAGGCUGGAGGAGCUGGAGGUCUGCUGGACCAGCGUCCAGGACAAGGCCUCCCAACGCAGGGCCAGACUGGACCAGGUCCAGGACGUGCAGAAGUACUGGUCCCAGUGGACCGAGCUCAUGGCCUCGCUGAGGGAGACGCUGUCUCUGGUUGGAGGGGAGGCACUCAGCGUGGAGGGAGGCGACCCGGAGCAGCUCCUGAAGGAGCACCAGGAGUACCGAGUCCAGAUGGAUCGACAGCUCAGCAAAUCACAGGCCACCAAAGAGGAAGGGAGGUGCCUGAUGGAGGGAGGAAACUUCAUGUCCCCAGAGGUGGAAGAGCACGUCUCGGAGCUGGAGGAGCUCGAGGUUCGGGUGGAGAAGGUCUGGGAGGAGACCAGAGUCCUGUAUGAGGAACAGCUGGAGAUCUUCCUCCUGCAGAGGGAGCUGGAGCAGGCGGAGCGCUGGCUGAGCUCCUACGAGAACUCGCUGACGGCCGAGGACUUCGGGGACUCAGUGUCUGAUGUUCUGGAGCUCCUGAAGAGACAGGAGGACCUGGAGGCCAUGAUCCAGGCCCAGAGCGACCGCUUCAUCACACUACAGAAGAAGAAAACACAGAAGGAGAAGAGACUUAAUGGAAACUCGGACCUUCAGGACAGAAAACCUCCAGCCAGGGUUUUGUCUCUGAAGAGGAAACCGUUGGAUCCAAAGACCUCCUUUUCUUCCUCUUCCCCCUCCAAGGACGUCGUCCGUCGACUCAGCGGCGGCCGGAGGACGGACAGAGCCGUCAGAUCGUCUACGCUGGACGGGAAAAGCAGCCUCACGACGUCUGCUAGUCCUCCACUCAGCCCAGCCCUCCUCCUCCAGUCCAGGAGACACUUCAGUACCGGCAGGAAGAAAUGGGAGGAGGAAGAAGACGCCUCCAGUCCUCCUGUAUCACCUGACUACUCCUCCUCCUCCUCCUCUUCCUCCUCCUCUCCUCCUCCUUCCUCCCCUCAAUCCGCCGUCUCUUCUUCCUCCCCGGAGAAAGACCGUCGUCCUCGAUCCAAACCCCCUCUGGCUCCAAAGCCCAGAAUCUCUCCGCCCGUCGCGCCACCUGACUCGCCUCCGCCAAUCAGAGGGCUCGUUGCUCCCACCGAGCCGCCUCCUCCUCCUCCUCCAGUUGCAGAAAGACGUUCUCCCCCUGAAUCUCCUCCGACGGAGCUCCGCGACGAGGCUCCUUAUUCUGAACCGGUUCCACCACCUGACCCCCCGAUUGCUGCACCAAUCACAGAGGAGGAGACGGCAUCAGCUGACCUCGCUCCUUCUGCGUCUCCUCCUCAGGGACACAGGAAGUUUGACGAUGAAGCAGAAGAAGAAGAAGAAGCUAACGUCCACAAGUCCACACCGGAGGUGACGGCCGAGCGGCCAAUCAGGAUGGAGGGAACGCUGGAGAUCAAAGUGAAACAAGGAGGAAACAAGGGUCUGGAUCACUGGGAGGAGGUGUUUGCUGUUCUGGAAGGAGAGACGCUCAGCCUGUUCACAGACAGAGCGGCUGCUGACCAGAAGUCCUCCCGGUGGCCUCCGGUCAACGUGGACAGAGCUGUUUGCAGAGAGAACGUUUCCUACAGGAGGAAGGAGAACACCUUCAGACUCAUAUUGGAGGAUGGCAGUCAGUACCUGUUUUCAGCAUCCAACAAAGAACUUCAGCUACUUUGGGUGAAGAAACUCCAAAACUGCUCUGAAUCUACUAGCAGUGACUCUGAUGACUCAGGGAGAGCGUCGUCGGUCAACCUGAGUUUGGAGAAGUUGGCCGAGGCUCCGGAUGAAUCGGCCGCCACUAAACGGCCGCACGGCAGAGAUGAGAGCCUGGAGAGGCAGUCGUCCACCGAGGGGCCGCCUCCUCCCAAACCCCCCCACACGUACUACAACAAGCACCGCUACCCGGAUGAAGAAGAGGGGGUCCGGACCACAGGUACUGAGAGAUGUCAAACUCCGCCCCCUCCAGGGCCGCCUCCUCCUCCCCCCGACGCCCAGGACCCCCCCACUGUGACCCCCCAGCUACCAGAGGACCACACCAGCAGAGACAAGUCAAAGAGGAGCGUCUUCAGGAAGUUUUUCACUAAGAAGUAAAGCUUUACUGAUGCUUUCCUUUUAUUGUGGGAAGCCAAAUGGUGCAUUAAUAUUGGAAUAAUAAUAAUAACUUUAUUAGCACCUUUUUCAAAACGAAGAAUAACACGUGAAUAUAAAAACAUAAUAAAACAUAAGUAAAGAUGACAGAGGAAAUUCAAUAUGAGCAACAAUGAUCUUACUUACAAAGUGUUUUUAUUUAAGUGCCAGGAAAUGCAGAACCCAUUGACGAGCUAGAACGUCUCUCUUAGAACACAAACUUUCGUCCAAUCUGCUCUAAAUCUUCAAUCUUCAAUAUGUUCUUCCUUUAACGAUGCUUCACAUUUCCUCCAAGUUUCAUGAAAAUCAGGCCGGUGGUUUUUCCGUAAUCCUGCUGACAAUCUGACAAACUGAACCAGUAAUAAUGAGCGAUAAUACAACUACAAUAAAUAAACUCUGAGCACAAGAUUCACUCUUGACAUUGGAAACAGACUAAAUCUCAACUAAAGGUCACCUUACUGACUUUUACCAGAUCAGCAGAGGUCUGUCCACUGAGGAAGGCAGAGAGAUGCACUUGAAAGCUCAGGAAAAAAGGGAGUAAAUGGACCUUCAGUUAACUUUUAAACACGUUUAGUUGUUUGUUUCAGAAGGAUUCACUCAACAAUCGAUCUCUGGAGUUUGGUAAAGUAGUAAUACUAGUAUUUCUGCUCCUACCACCCGUUGUACUAGUAUUAGUAUUUAUGUUUCUACCACCUGUGGUGGUAGUAGUAGUAGUAGUA